AAGUGGCAGUUGUAAACUUUACCUCCCUGGGGCUUUUCUUCUCCCCCUUUGCUACUUGUCCCUUCUCUCUGGGUCCUAAAGUCCAUCGGGUUCCAACAGUUUUUACUUUUACCUCCGAGGGCUACCUGUGUCUCCUGCCUAGGAGACUUGAAGCUGCCCCUGGGGUCUUGGGUGUGCAGUCUGGACCACGAGAGACCCCCCCGAGGAUGACCUGGUUUUGGCUCAAACCUGUGAAAAUGCCAUCUGGAUUGAGAAUCCACUGAAGACUUCGGUCCAUCUAACCUGUAAGUCACAGACAUCUUGGACAAUUUCAGUCAUCAAUAAGGAGGUAUAUCAUUAAGAAACAGUGGGGUAUUUUGAAAGAGUUGGAAGACUUACCAUGAGUUUAAACACUUCAAAUAAUGCCACUGGUGAGACCCAAAGGUUGAAGAAUGCCUCACCAGAAGUAAAACAGAUGCUUAAAAAUGAAGCAGAUUUGGAUGUUACUGCUGAUCUCAGAAAGAAACUCCAUCGAGCUAAGAAAGAAAAAUUAGAAAUGACAACUAAGCACAAUGCAGAGCUGUUAAGCUGUGAGAGCCAGAUUGCCAAGCUCCGGUCCGAGGUUGAAAAAGGAGAAGCAUUGAGACAAAGUUUGGAAUAUGACCUCGCUGUCGCUAGACAGGAAGCUGGUCUUGGAAGACGGGCUGCUGAGGAAAGAUUAGCUGAGGCACAUAGGAUCCAAGAAAAACUCUGUGCUCAGAAUUCAGAACUUCAAGAAAAGGUAAAUGAGAUUGAGAAAGUAUUUCAGAGUUCCCAGCAGAAAUGGAAAGAAGAAUGUAGAAGAUUUGAACAUGAUUUGGAGGAAAGAGACAAUAUAAUUCAAAAUUGCAAUACAGAAUAUGAUUUACUUUUGAAGGAAAAAAGCAGACUUGAAAAAACUCUACAGGAAGCGUUGGAAAACCAUCAGCAGGAGAAGAAUGAGAUGGAGUCUCAUAUCAGGGAGACAGCAUUGGAGGAGUUUAGAUUACAAGCAGAACAAUGGGAAGCAGAAAGAAGAGAGUUACAAUUUAUAGUACAGGAGCAAGAUAGUGCUGUACAAAGUAUGCACAAGAAAGUUGAACAGUUAGAAACAAAACAUAUGGAAUGCUCUGACCUUUUACAACGACAAACAAGUGAACUUGAAUUUAGUACUCAGCGAGAAGAAUGUCUUAGAAAAGAAUUCGAGGCAACUACUCUGAGAGUAAGGAAAUUGGAAGAAAAUAUUGAAGCAGAAAGAGCGGCACAUUUGGAAUCAAAAUUUAAUUCUGAAAUUAUUCAGUUACGGAUUCGAGACCUUGAAGGAGCUUUACAGGUAGAAAAGGCCAGUCAAGCAGAAGCUGUUGCUGAUUUGGAAAUGAUCAAGAAUGAAUUCAAAGAAGUUGAAAGUGCAUAUGAGCGAGAAAAGCUUAACGCCCAAGAGAGCUUUGCAAAGCUAAAUUUAUUAGAGAGAGAAUAUUUCUCCAGAACCAAGACACUAAAUGAAGAGAUUGAGGAACAGAAGAAAGUAAUUAUAGACCUUUCAAAGAGACUCCAGUAUAAUGAAAAAAGUUGCAGUGAAUUACAGGAAGAACUUGUAAUGGCUAAGAAGCACCAGGCCUUCCUAGUAGAGACAUGUGAAAAUAACGUGAAAGAAUUGGAAUCGAUCUUGGACAGCUUUACUGUGUCGGGCCAGUGGACAUCAGGCAUCCACAAGGACAAAGAUAAACCUCCCAGCUUCCCUGUUGUCCUUGAGACUUUGAGGCGUACCUUGACAGAUUACCAGAACAAGCUGGAAGAUGCAUCUAAUGAGAUAAACAGCAUGAAUGAUGCUAAGGAAAAGACAUCUAAUGAACUUGAUUUUACCAAACAGAAGAUUGAAUCUCACACUAAAAAUAUAAAGGAACUUCAGGAUAAACUCACUGAUGCUCAUAAAGAAUUAAGUCAUUUACGCACAAAAUGUGCAGACCGAGAGGCUUUAAUAAGCACUUUGAAAAUGGAGCUACAAAAUGUGCUGCACUGUUGGGAAAAAGAAAAGGCGCGAGCAGCUCAGUGUGAAAAUGAACUGCAGAAACUCUCCCAGGCAUUCCAUAAGGACACUGAGGAGAAGCUAACCUUCCUUCAUACCUUGUAUCAGCACUUGGUAGCAGGCUGUGUGCUCAUAAAACAACCAGAAGGCAUGUUGGAUAAAUUCUCUUGGUCUGAGCUUUGUGCAAUCUUGCAGGAGAAUGUUGAUGCCCUCAUUGCAGACCUCAACAGGGCUAAUGAGAAGAUAAGCCAUCUAGAGUAUAUCUGUAAAAAUAAAUCUGACACAAUGAGAGAACUUCAACAGACUCAGGAAGACACCUUUAACAAAGUGGCAGAACAGAUCAAAGCCCAAGAGAGCUGCUGGCACAAACAAAAGAAGGAACUGGAACUGCAGUAUUCUGAACUUCUCCUCGAGGUACAGAAGAGGGCACAGAAAUUUCAAGAAAUUGCAGAAAAAAAUAUGGAAAAAUUGAACCAAAUUGAGAAGUCCCAUGAACAGUUGGCUAUUGAAAAUUCACACUUCAAAAACAUGUUAUCAAAGACUCAAAGGGAUCAAUCAUCCUUGCUGGCAGCCUGUGCAUUGAUGGCUGGGGCAUUAUAUCCCCUUUAUAGCAGAUCCUGUGCUUUAUCUACACAGAGAGAUUUUCUCCAGGAGCAGGUCAACACCUUUGAAUUGUUCAAAUUGGAAAUUAGAACGCUAGCCCAAGCAUUGUCAACGGUAGAGGAAAAGAAGCAAGAGGAAGUGAAGAUGAAGAAAAAACCAUUCAAAGGAUUGAUACGUAUAUUCCGGAAAGGUGUCAUUGCAAUUUUGGCAGCAAACAGACUCAAGAUUUUGGGCCAGUCAUGUGCUUCUCUUUUUACCUGGAUGGAAAGUUUCAAAGAAGGUAUAGGCAUUUUAGUGUGCACAGGAGAGCCCAAAGACAAGCAUAAAUUUCCAAAACAUCAAAGGGAACAGUUUCGUUGUUUACAAGCGCUCACUUGGCUUACCAGUGCUGACCUUCUUGCUGCAAUAAUCAGUUCUAUGGCCGAGUUACAAGAAGUCAUUAGUAAAACAGAUCCAAAUUCCAGAAUUUGUGGACAUUUACUCAUAGGUACAGCGAAAAAUUCUUUUGCAAAACUCAUGGAUAAAAUUAGUCUGGCAAUGGAGAGUAUACCUCUGCAUAAUGGCAGGAGUAUAUCAUAUGUAGAAAAAGAUUCCCUGGUUCAGAGGUUGGCCCGUGGACUUCAUAAAAUAAACACAUUGGCCCUGAAAUAUGGUUUGCGUGGCCAUGUGCCCAUUAUGAAAAGCACAGCAUCAUUACAAAAGCAAAUAUUUGGAUUUACACAAAGACUGCAUGCAGCAGAAGUGGAACGCCGUUCUCUGCGCCUCGAGGUCACAGAAUUCAAACGCAAUGUGAAUGAAAUGAAAAAGGAGCUUGACAAAGCCCAGGGUCUCCAAAUGCAGUUAAAUGAAUUUAAGCACUCUAAAUUGAUCACCCAUGAGAAAUUUGAAAGUGCAUGUGAAGAACUAAAUAAUGCAUUGCUUCGGGAGCAGCAGGCACAAAUGCUUUUGAAUGAACAGGCACAACAACUACAGGAGCUGAAUUACAGACUUGAAUUGCACUCCAGUGAGGAAGCUGACAAAAACCAAACUCUGGGAGAAGCUGUUAAGAGUCUCUCCGAGGCAAAGAUGGAGCUGAGAAGAAAAGAUCAAUCUCUGCGUCAGCUCAAUAGACAUCUUACCCAGCUGGAGCAGGACAAGCGUCGACUGGAGGAGAACAUCCAUGAUGCAGAGAGUGCCCUCCGCAUGGCAGCCAAAGACAAAGAAUGUGUUGCUAAUCACAUGAGAACCAUAGAAAAUAUGCUUCAUAAGGUCAGAGAUCAGAUCUCGCUGUCACGGACUGCAGCAAGUAGGAAUGACUUCACCCUGCAGCUACCCAAACUGCACCUGGAGACCUUUGCAAUGGAGGGGCUCAAGGGCGGGCCAGAGGUUGUAGCAUGCCAGGCUAUGAUUAAAAGUUUCAUGGAUGUCUACCAGCUUGCAAGCUCUAGAAUCAUUACAUUAGAGAAGGAAAUGACAUCUCAUCGAAGUCACAUUGCAACCUUGAAAUCAGAGCUUCACACAGCUUGUUUACGUGAAAAUGAAAAUUUACAAACAAUGGGAUCACGAGACCAUUCGAAUAUUUCCAUUCCUUCAAGAGCUGCUCUUCCUACUGACACAGUUGAUGUUAGGGAUAUUUUGCCAUUGCAAGCUGAACUUGAUACAACUUAUACUUUCUUAAAGGAUGCAUUUUCAAAUACUCUGCCUCAUCCUCUAUCAUCUCAUUCCUCUCCAGUGGCUAUGUCUGCUAAUGCCAAAAGAUCACCUCAGAUUGGAUUAUGACUUUAUAAAAUAAAAAAAAUGGAGGAAGAAUUAACAGUACAAUUAAAUUGUUUUGAAGGGGAAUUUUCUUACAGUGGAAUUUUGUUUCAGCACAAGUUGGGGUGGGUUUUUAAAAAACUGUGUGAUAUCUUGAUGUGUGCAGGUAUCUGUCUCCUUGAAUAACAAAAUAACCCACUUUUUUCUCACUUAAGUUUUAUUUUAUUAUCACAGAUCCUCAUUUUUAUGUAACAUAUUUUUAAAUGUUAAAGAAUGACACAUUUUGGGUAAUUUCCCUCGGACUUAAAAAAUCAAUAAGCCAUUUUAGUCUCUAUCUAUCAAAGUUGUUUCAUACUUGUCUAUUUUAAAGCAGGACUGCAAUACUUUAAUAGGAUUGAGAGAGCUAUUUGAAAUGUAUGCCAAUGAUUCCUGUCAUUUCAUGGCAGCCCUGCCAUGGUUCACUGAGCCCCUCUUCUCUCUUGUCAGCUCAACUGAAGACAAGCAUUUAGUUGCAAACUUUAAGCAGGUUGUGCAAAACAGAAAUGAUGUGACUGCUUCUCCUCCUGCACAAUAAUGUCACUCCUGGUCAAUGUGAGAAGGUCAGGUUGCUCCUUGUAAAGCUACAUGAUACCACUUGCCCAUUUGAACAAGUUAAGUUAACUGCUGAAUCUGGUCCCUGCAGGCAUUGAAAACUCAUCCUUUUAUCAAGUCUGCAUUUGAUAAGAAAGUAGAGCAAUUGUACUGAGAGGAUUUCUGUGGUGUGUUUAGGCACUUUAUAAGGACAGUUCCCACAUCAGUAUAGCAGGUAAUAUAUUUAGUAUAAGCUAAAAAACUUCAAGGUAAUGGCUGUUUUGACCUUCAAAAUAGACUCCUUUUUUGUUUUUGUUGUUGGUAGGACCCAAGAGUGACGCCCAUCUUUGAUGCUGACAGAAUUUAAAACAAGGCCAUUGCCCUGCAUUUUCUGCCUUGUAGCACACAAAAGUAAAAUUGUAUGUCAGGCCGAGAUGUCGGGGAGCUGACAAGAUGCCCCAGUGACAUUUCAGCUAGAAAGAGCAAGUGUCUUGCAACCAAGUGGUCAAAUAUCAAAUAAUAGGUCAAGCAGGAAGGAGCUGAGUUCUAACCACAAAGAGGUUUCUGGUAACUUACUUGACAAGCUUUUGGGCGCUUUGUGGCUUGACAAAGUGAUGUUCUGUUGGGUAUCGCUAGACAGACUGUUCUUUAUCGCCUUCAGAAGAUCAGACAUUGACAUUGAUUAAACUCUUUAACCCUUAAAGGUUAAAUCCUUGCAGUUUGCAUCAUGGUAAGUGAAGAACAAAAGAAUAUUUGUAAUAUGUAUUUGUAUUUGUAUUAAUCGUUUAACUCCCCAGUGAUAUUAACUUCUGAUGGGAACUGUAGUUUUUGACAAAGAAUUUUGAUACAAAAUAUAUAUUUUAUAUUUUUAUUUUUCAUUAUGGAGUUUUUCAUUAUGGACACAAUAGAAAAUAAUGGCAUGUAUUAUGGAAUAUAUAUUGUGUUUACAGUGACAUUUGACUAAAUAUAUCCAACUUCUGAGGAUUUUUUUAUUGGUUCCAAUGAAUAAAGUUUGUACACUGUUAAUGUUAUUAGCCAAAUUAGCAAGUGAUUUAUGCUAUCUGAGCUGGUAGUGCUGUCAUACUGUGUAACACAAUACCAUUUCUUAUAUGAGGGAGCCAGUAUAAUUAGCUUGAAUAAAACUUUAGAAAGCUUUUGAUGUGGAGUAAAAUUGUAUUUUUAACCAAAUUUCUCUUAAUUUGGUCCUUGGAAUUCUUUUAAUGUAUCCUGUGUAUUAUAAUCUUAUGAAAUUCAAUUUUCAAAUUUAUUGUAACACAGAAUGUGCUAUUGAUCGUUUUUAUGUAGAUCUUAAAAUAAUGUCUGCACAUUUCAAAACACUUCAUUCUGCCAUUUCAUUCAAUGAUUAGAAUAUUCCCCAUGUGGAAAUUGAUAAAUGGUUUUUCAUGUGGUAUCAGUGAGCCUCCAAUUCUCAUGGGAAAGAAAAGGUAAAGCAGUGUUACCCUAUGUGACUUACGUGUCUAUGUGUAUGUGUGUAUGUUUGGGUUGAAUCUUUUUUCAGAUGCUACUGAUUUAAGAGGAGUAAGCUCUUUUGUAAAAUGUGCCUUGAACAGGUUUUGAUCUUCUUGCCUUAAUGUUAAAAUCCAUUAAUGGGAUAACUCCAAAAAUAAAUGUGUAUGUCUUUCCA